AUUUGCAAGUAGUUUAAGAUAAUUUUUUUCCGUUUUGUUUUGCAAGAAUCGGGGUUAUUAUGGUUACCUUAAAUGCCAGUGUCGUUUCUUUUGUGUUUUUUUUUUUUUGGAAGGAGGGGAUCACGAAACCAUUACUUUUGGUAGUGCUCUCCAACAUUUACAAGAAUAGAUUCGUUUGUUUACAAGAAAAAACAUUUGCAAGAUUAUUGUAAUGUUAUUGGCAAUGUAGUGGGGGGAAAUUGUAACAAAAAUUACACACGUGUAAUUUUGAGGAAAAUGCCUUUUUAGAUUAAAGUUAAAAAUUAUCGCAUAUUAUUUUACAUGAAAUUCUCAAUUUUACAUAGAUAAGAGAAAAAAUGUGAAAUCGUAAUAGAGAGAAACAAAACAAAAACGGAACCGUUUAUUGCCGUAUUUGCACCAUCGGAUGCCAGCAGCGUAACAUGUACCGGAAGUUCAGCAAACCCGAAUUACAUUAGCCAUCUCAUAUCUCAUUUAAUAGACUCAACAGCAGGCUUUGUAUGCAAUGUCGGUUACCCAGACAACCAUGUCUAAACUACAUCACUUGAGGACGUUUGUCAACGAGCGAUUGACGGCCGCCGCUGAAGAAAUAUUUGGCGUUUUUGAGAAAACAAUCGUCGCCUACGAAGAAGAGAUGGACCGUCAGCGUAGGCUUCUGGACGUCGCCUACAAACCCGCUGGUCUUUCACGGAGCGCAGAGUCCCCAGACGGAGGAUUGUGUACUCGGGACAGCAUCAUCAAUGUGGAGCAGGACCAGCAAGAGCCUUUGAACAUUAAAGUGGAACAAGAGGAGCAUUUCUCAAACUGCGCAGUCUGGCCCCUGGUGUUGAACUUUGACCAGAAUGAAAGCGAAGUGGACAAAGACACUACAGAUGCUACGGACAACGUGGACUUUGACGCCUCGGAACCGAGCAGCGAUAAUCAAAUCGUCUUUCGCGGCUAUUAUCCAGAAAAUAACCCUGAUUACGUCAGUGACAACAUGGCGUCAACAUCUGCGAGGAGCAUAAAGACGGAACAUCACGGGCAGGGUGACCGUUCGUACAACCUGGAGAACGCGAUGUCGGCCAUCGACCCCCAGUCUCGACUUUUUGAGCAACCUUUUCACGGCAGCGGCUUCCACGCAGACUCGGUCAUGUACGCGCAAGCCAAGCCUUUCGUUUGUGACGUCUGCGGAAAAAGAUUCGGCUUCAAGCGUUACCUGGCGCAGCACAUGAUCACCCACUCGGCAGAGAAGCCGUACGCUUGCAGCAGGUGUCGCAAGACCUUCCGGCGGAUGCAGGCGCUGCAGAUACACAUGCGGUGUCACACGGGCGAGAAGCCAUAUUUCUGCAAAACCUGCGGGAAGAGAUUCUGCCAGAGCUCGGCGCUGAGAGUUCAUCUCAGAGUCCACACGGGGGAGAAACCGUACCCCUGCAACACGUGUGGGACCGGAUUCAGUAGCCUGCCGGUGCUGAGAAACCACAUCAUGAGGGUCCACGAAGGCAACAUGCUGUACGUUGGCUCUUCAGGAGAGAGGAACGCUGUUGUAUGGACGAAUUGACAUUGUAACCAGUUAUGAUUUUUCAAUUUUAUGUACAGUAAUCCCCGUGUAUAGGAGACCAAACCUUUCCGCGAAUAGCAAAGCAAACACAAAAAAUGCAAGCGAUGCCGCCCAAAUGUUUAUAGUUGACUAUAUCAGAAUUUGCAAAGUAAAUUCAGUGAUUUGUUUUUAACUAUAUUGUACAUGUUUGAAGGUAGGGGCGGCACGGUGCCUCACCUGGAAAGCGUUGGCCUUUCAAUUCUGAGGUCUCAGGUUCAAUCCCGGCCCCGCAUGUGUGGAGUUUGCAUGUUUUCCGGGCACUCCGGUUUCCUCCCACAUCCCCAAAAACAUGUAACAUGAAUUGGACAUUCUAAGUUGCCCCAAGGUAUGAUUGUGAGUAUGACUUUGUCUCUAUGUGCAAUUGGCUGGCAACCAGUUCAGGGUGUACCCCGCCUGCUGCCCGUUGACAGCUGGGAUAGGCUCCAGCACGCCGUGCGAACCUUGUGAGGAUUAGCGGUGAUGAAAAUGGAUGGAUGGAUGUUUAAAGGUAGGGGCCGCACGGUGCCUCAGUUGGAAAGCGUUGGCCUCACAGUUCUGAGGUCUCAGGUUCAAGUGUGUGGAGUUUGCAUGUUCUCCUUGGGCCUGCGUGGGUUUUCUCCGGGCACUCUGGUUUCCUCCCACAUCCCAAAAAACAUGCAACAAUAAUUGGACACUCUAAAUUGCCCCUGGGUCUGAUUGUGAGUGCGACUGUUUGUCUCCAUGUCCCCUGCGUUCGGCUGCCAACCAUUUCAGGGUGUACUCCGCCUCCUGUCCGAAUAUAGCUGGGAUAGGCUUCAGCACUCCCCGUGACCCUUGUGAGGAUAAGCGGCUAAGAAAAUGGAUGGUUGGAAGGUAAUUGCUGAAAAUACGCAAAAGACCGAAUUAUGCUUUACAAAGCUGUGCAACUCUUGAGUUAAGCCGCUUUUUACCAUUUUCCUUUUUUUGUGUGCGUGGUUUAAACACUCCCCAAUGAUGGGCCUGUGUCCCAGCAUGAGUCUUGUCUUUCAUUGAAGAUGUAUCACAUCCAACAUACUUCAUACUUUUCAAUUUUGACAGGGCUUUGGUGACAUUUUGUAGCAGCUUUCAGAAAGAGCACAAAACCUGCAAAUAUUAUAGAGUGUAGCAUCCCCGACCCAAAAAAAAAAAAAUCUCUUGCUUUUGUGUACGGACAAAUGUAGUGUAUCAUUUAUGAAUACAAAUAUGUUGUAUCAAGUAAACAUGAGCCAAGUGUAAAGAUCAAAUAUUGCUGUCUUUGGUAGCUCUGGUGACAUCUCGUGUUAAAAAAAGACUGUAGAUAAACAUUUCCUACUGGUGCUAUGUCACGUUGCCGUUCACCCAGAAGAGGAGGAAGGCAGCAGUUUGCGCACGUGCUGUACUGCGUACCUGACUUGUAAACUGCGAUUAUGCAGGGGAUUCCGUGCGAUUACGUGACUUUCUGAGGCAUUUUCUGAUUGCCAAACAAGUGCAAUACUCCACAAGUACUGUAUACACUGUAUUUGAUAUUUAUUCUCAGGGCACCUUGGUGGUGUAAUGCUGAGCAAGUCUGCCUCAACAGUUGAGAGUUUCUGGGUUCAAGUCUGUACGCUCAACUUGUAUGAAGUUUGCAUUUUCUGUCGGAUUUCUUUUCAGGGAUUCCUGCUGCUUUUCACAUUCCAAAACAAGCAUUUUGGGUUCAAUGAAGAUUCCAAAAUGUUGUGCGUGUCCUGUGCAGUCUUCCCCAAAAUCAGAUGGGAUAGGAUCCGUCUCAUCUGUGACUCUAAUGAGAACAGAUGAUAUUAUAAAAAUGGAUGGAUGGA